AAACACACACAGCCGGGCUGGAGCCAGACUUUACUGGGGAGUUUUUACAGUUUUUAUCAUGUUUUUGUAACUUUUAUGUGUGUUUUUUCCCGCGUCUUCCAUGAGUUCCAUUCCUGGGUGGCGGGAAAAUGAGCGGCUGGGCGGGAUUCUCUGAUGCGGAGCUGAGGAGACUGCAGAAAGGUCCAGGUCCAGGUCCAGGUCCAGGUCCAGGUCCAGGUCCAGGUCCAGGUCCAGGUCCAGGUCCAGGUCCAGGUCCAGGUCCAGGUCCAGGUCCAGCCGUCGGCCUCCGUGGGAGGAAGCCGCCUCCGGCCGGCCGGAACCGGCAGCAGCUGCAGCGGGAGAGAGCGCUGAACCUGGCCGGGCCUGCCGGGCCUGCCGGGUCCGGGUCCAGGUCGGCCGGGCUCCCCCCGGAGUGCCAGCUCUCCCAGCCCCCGCCCAAGGAAGAGGCCCGGCCCGGGGCCCGGUUAGGACCCGGUCCUGCGGAGCAGCAGGUACCGCUCAGGUCCAGCACCAUGGAACCGGGUCAGAACCACCAGCUGGAGCAGGGGGAGGAGAACCGGGCCGUCAAGGAGCUGGAGAGAGGAGAGGUGGAAAUACGGGAGAGGACUCGUCUGGAACAACUACAGCUGGACCAGAAACUCAUCGAGGAAGGAAACAAGCGCAAGAAAGCUCUGCUGGCCAAGACCAUCGCUGAGAAGUCCAAACAGACCCACGCCGAGGCGGCCAAGCUGAAGAGGAUCCAGAAGGAGCUGCAGGCGCUGGACGACAUGGUGUCCAACGACAUCGGGAUCCUGAGGGGCCGGAUCGAGCAGAGCAGCUGGGACUACACGACCGCUAGGAAGCGGUACGAGAAGGCGGAGGCGGAGUACGUGUCUGCUAAGAUGGAUCUGCACCGGCGGACGGAGGUGAAGGAGCAGCUGACGGAGCAUCUCUGCGCCAUCAUCCAGCAGAACGAGCUGCGGAAGGCCAGCAAGCUGGAGGAGCUGCUGAUGCAGCUGCAGCUGGGGGCGGAGCCUGAGGGGGAGGGGGCUGAGGGGGCGGGACCUCAUCUGCAGCAGCAGCUGGGGAACCUGCUGACUGGUCGGCCCGGCCCGGCUCGGGUUUCACAAAGCUGGUUCUGGUUGUCGGAGCAGCUGAGGAUCCGCGGGUCCAAGAGACGACACGUGUCCAAACACGGACCCGUCCAGAACCUCGUAAGCGGCGGAGAGAAACCGAGGAGAGAAACCGAGGAGCCGCCGGUGGAAAAGCGUCUGACGUCUACAGGUUCAGACGGGCUGAAGCUGCCGGGUCAAAGGUCACAGACGGGGACCCGUCAGGAGCCAGAUGUUCCUGCUGGGAAAAAGAGAAGAGGAACGACGGAAGAUUGA